AUGUCAGCCUUCUUUUCCCUUUUUGUUGUCAUCAUCCAUCUCCCUGUCUGUAUACACAUCAGCCCUGGCACACCAUCUACCCUCGCUUUGCAAACUGCACCACUCGUUGUGGCCUCAUAUGUACGGCGUCGGUGUAUUGGCACGCUUUUCCUUGUGUUCAUCUCCGCAUGCGUAAUUCUCUACUGUCUCUUUCGUCAUCCCCUGCAUCCUUAUCCGCCCAUCCGACAUUACGACUGCGCUCAGAGCAGCAAUCACAUAACUUUGAAACACGUGCUAAAGAAAAAUAGGGACAGCCUUCUACAGAUGCGAAGGGGCCCACGACGUGGACGAAGUAGAGAUACAAAUCCAGGCCGCGGAACGCCCAUCAGGAGAGACGAUUCAAAUCCAUCUUCAGCUUCCAGGACCAGGUCCACAUCCCGCCAAUCCGCCUUGCAGAAUAGCCGCAGCCACGCGUCACUCAGAAGAUCCGCUCGCAUUGCAGAGUUACUCAACGGAGAGACACCCCAACAGCUCGCCGACGCCACAUCUUCAAUGGCUGACGUUGCAAGACCUAGGGCGCUAGGAAGCACAUCUGUUCGAUCGCGCCAUCACUCUGGAAACUCUCGCUCUUCAGGACUGUCGAGGUCGGGCCGUCAUUCCAUAUCGCCAGAAGAUAUUCGCUACGCAAUGGACAUCGUCGUCCAACCCCCCCGAACAGCUCGAGUCGGCCAAACGAUCCCCGGAGCCAUAGUAGUGCGGUUAAGAACGACCAAUGCAGACCCCGACGACGCGGUUGCCGAUUCGACAAACCUGGUCGCCGUCGCCACACUAGUCCCAGGCCCCAACUCUGCAGUGCCGACAGACCCAUCCGUCCUCAACACCAUUCUCGUUGGUAGACGCUUCGACUCGAUCCACCCCUUUGCUGACGACGAAGCCGAUGGAUCGAUAGCUUCCAUGGACAUGGCCGAUCCCUAUGGCGUGGGUUAUAUGCGCUUUCCAGAACUCAUCAUCCGCCAAGCCGGCACCUACCGGAUACGCAUCACCCUCAUCCGCAUCCGCAACUCUUCCUCAGAGCCACCAGUAUCCUCAGCAGGCAAUGGCUCAGCGGUGCAUGUCAUUGAUAGCAACCCAAUCGUUGUCAAUGGCGGGCAAACAACCAACACGGCCACAUACAAUGGGGCCGACGAUUUUGACGAUGUAGAUGAUGGUGGCUGGCUCGAGGUCCUGCACUCCAUCUCUGAGCGGCGUAGAUCGCGCGAAUAA